CUGUGUUACACAUUGCGACGAGGUAUACAGUCUGUUCACAUUGUACGAACAUGAAGAUCCUUAUCAUUGCAUGUGCACUAAGUGUAAGCCUUACUGUGGUUCAAGGAUCUUGUCCCAGUGGAUUUACGCAUUGGCCUCAAAAUGGGUAUUGCUACAAAUAUUUUCCGACUGCUGAUAGUUUUAAUGACGCUGAUAGUGCCUGUGGUCACCAAGCGAUUGGGUGUAAAUUGGCGUCAAUUCAUUCAUCGCCAGAAGAAGGCUUCGUAAAUGAAUUAGCCCAAACGACCGGAGAUUACUGGAUUGGACUAAAUGACAUAUAUGAGGAAGACAACUGGGUGUGGACGGAUGGUACUCCUACAGUGUGGACAAAUUGGGAGUGUGACCACCCUAAUCAAGGCACCGCAGCAGAUUGCGUUGCUGGUAAUUACGGGUCUAUGAUUUUUGGUGAAUGGCCAGCUCAUGUACUUCACUGGUGGAAGAAACGAGACGAGAACAAUGUACUCUUUUUAAAAUAUGAAGACAUGAAAAAGGAUCUGGUAGGUACAGUUCGGAUGGUUUGCAAGUUUCUUGGAAAGAGUCUGACUGAUGAACAAAUUAACUACGUGGCACAGCAAUGUACGUUUGAUGCUAUGAAGAAAAAAAAGACACGUGACCACGCAUGUGUUGCUGCGGGAAUAGACCCUAAGGACUCACCCUUUGUGAGAAAAGGUAAAGUUGGUGGGUGGAAAGGAAGUUUUACAGUAGCACAGAGUGAAGAGAUGGAUAAAUGGUACCAUGAGGCCAUUGUUGGGACAGGAUUAUCAUUUCAAUUUUGA